UUUAAGAAUAAUUAAGUUUUAGUAGUGACUAAAGCUUUUUUGAGGAUUAACAAAAUGAAAACCAUAUUUCUCGCCUUGGCCUUUUUGGGUUACACCCAGUGCGCCAAGUUGGACCACUUGAAAUACUUGCCACCAAACAGCAGACCUGCCAGUAGUGAGAGUUUCGACCAAGGAUUAGCUGCUCCAGAUUCUAAUGGACCUCAAUUAGUUGAUAGAAGCACCAAUAGUCACCAUUCUAGCCCAUCAGGUUUUGGUGGACAUUCUGGAAGUUCAUCUCAACCAUCUCAUGUAUCAAAUUUUGGACCUAGUGGCUAUUCUAACCCACAACCUUCUCAUCAUGGUCCAAGCCAAGUAGCUCCUGACAGCAACACUGCUGGAUCUAGUUCUCAAUCUUCUUUCUCUCCAAACCAACCUGCACCAUCCUCUUAUGGCAAAACCGACUAUUACUCUCAACAAAAGUACCAACCUUCAGCGCCACAAAACCAAAUCCCCAUAAUCAAAUUGGAAACUACUAACAACGGAGAUGGAAGUUAUAGUACUGCCUACGAAACUGGUAAUGGUAUUCAAGCUGCUGAACAAGGUGAGACUUCAGGUGAUAGCUCGUUAGUGCAAGGAGCUUACUCUUACACCUCUCCUGAAGGCGAAAAAAUCGAUUUGAGCUACACUGCUGAUGAAAAUGGAUAUCAUCCGCACGGUGACAACUUGCCUACUCCUCCACCUGUGCCAGACGCGAUUUUGAAAAGUAUUGAAUACAAUAAGGCUCAUCCUGAAGAAGAAAAUGACGAUGGAUCGUAUAAAGCUGACAGUCAAGGACAUUCUAGUAGUUCAAGACAAUAUUUGAGCCCCAAACCUGUCAAUUCAGCAUUCCAUGGUUUGGCUUCUUCACAAUUUGGACCUUCUAAAAAUUUAGAUUCCAAUGUUGCUCCAAGUCAGUAUUCUUCCCAAUUUAGUGGUUCUCCAAAUCAAGCACCUUCAGCUUCCUCUCAUGGAUCUAUCAGUGGAUAUGGCAGUCAUGCUGCAGCAUCUCCUCAAGCACAAUCAAAUGGUCAGAACCCAUCAAGUCAAUACUCUCCUCAGGCCUCUUCUAAAGCCCAAAAUCCUUCAGCUUUCUCUCAUGGAUAUUCUGCUCCUCACACUAGUGGUUCUUCAAGUCAUGGAUCUGCACCUGAAAACUCAGAUUCCAGUGUUUCUCCAACUAGUGUGUCUGGCCAAUACUCUCACUCCAAUAUUCAACCUCAAGUAAAUUCUGUUGGAAACCAAGGAUAUCAAUAUAAUGCACCAUCCACCGCAAGUCAAUACUCUCCUCAAACACCAACAGCUUUCUCCCAUGGGUCUGCUCCUGUUUCUCAAACUCCAUCAGCUUCUCAUGUAUCAAGUGGUUCUCCGAGCAGUGUUUCAGGUCAAUACUCUUCUCAGGCAUCAUCUAAUGCCCAAAACCCUUCAGCUUUCUCUCAUGGAUCAACGAAUGGAUAUUCUGCUUCUAAAUCCUCAGAUUCCAGUGUUUCUCCAACUAGUGUUUCUGGCCAAUACUCUCACUCCAAUCAUCAAACUCAAGGUUAUCAAUAUAAUGCACCAUCCACCCCAAGUCAAUACUCUCCUGCUCAAACACCAUCAGCUUUCUCUCAUGGAUCGAGCACUAAUUCUGCUCCAUCAGCUUCUCAUGUAUCAAGUGGUUCUCCGAGCAGUAUCUCAGGUCAAUAUUCUCCUCAGGCAUCAUCUAAUGCCCAAAACCCUUCAGCUUUCUCUCAUGGAUCAACGAAUGGAUAUUCUGCUUCUAAAUCCUCAGAUUCCAGUGUUUCUCCAACUAGUGUGUCUGGCCAAUACUCUCACUCCAAUAUUCAACCUCAAGGAUAUCAAUAUAAUGCACCAUCCACCCCAAGUCAAUACUCUCCUGCUCAAACACCAUCAGCUUUCUCUCAUGGAUCGAGCACUAAUUCUGCUCCAUCAGCUUCUCAUGUAUCAAGUAGUGGUUCUCCGAGCAGUAUCUCAGGUCAAUAUUCUCCUCAGGCAUCAUCUAAUGCCCAAAACCCUUCAGCUUUCUCUCAUGGAUCAACGAAUGGAUAUUCUGCUUCUAAAUCCUCAGAUUCCAGUGUUUCUCCAACUAGUGUGUCUGGUCAAUACUCUCACUCCAAUAUUCAACCUCAAGGAUAUCAACAUAAUGCACCAUCCACUGGUUUUGGUGCUUCUGGAACAGGAGCUGGAGAAUUUGGUCCAGGUUUUGCAGGAAACCAUGUGAAUCCAUCGAAAGUAGCCGGAGUUCAGGCUCAGGACGCAAAUGGUGCUUAUAUUUAUUGAUUUGCUUAUGUAGUAUUGAAAAUACUUGAAGUUUAUUUUGCCAAAAAUAUAAA